AUGUUAUUUUGGGCGUUAAUUUUUUUGCUCAAUAGUGUUAAUGGAGAGGAGGAAAAACAGUUUGCCACCGUGCGACUGCCCAGUGGAUUUGUCAAAGGAGAAACUGUCCAGGCCGAAUAUGGAGUUGUGAAUGUGUUUAGAGUAAGAUUGGAGGAUUCUGGUAGGAACAAAAUUGUAAAAUACGACGUGAUCAGCAACGAAUGUAAUCACAAAUUUUUUCUGAAAAAUAGUGAUUUUUUACUUAAAAAAAGGUUGCCAAAGGCGGUUUGAAGAGUCGGAGAGCCUUGUGAGCCAUUUGGCAUUACUUGAAACAUCCUUUAAAAGACUAAUUCAUCCGAAAUUUUGUUGUUUUACCCAUCAAACCAACAAUUUUUUGUUAUUUCAGGGAAUUCCUUAUGCCGAGCCUCCAUUGUCAGGUCUCCGAUUCUCAUCUCCGCAUUCGAAGACGUCUUGGAGUGGAGUGUUCGAUGCUACCAAUUACCGGUCAUCUUGCAGUCCGAAUGUAACCAUUAUUCCGCGGGCCAAUGAUCGCCAGGAUGAGGAUUGUCUUUACAUCAAUGUCUAUGCCGAUACGAGAUGUAAUGUAAGGAAUUCAAUGUGUUUUAGCAAUAGAAAAGCUCAGUAAGGCAUUCGAGCUGAUUUUUUAUUGAUUAUGAGGCGUUUGCGAACGAGGGGAAGACUUGACCCAAAUUUGGUCAAGUCUUUCUCUCGCUGGAAAUGUGCCACUAGAUCGUUUGGAACUCGAUUGCUAAGUGUUUUGAGAAUGAUAGGAGUUUUGAAAUGCUUUUUUUCCACCUAUAUAGUAACGUCAUUAUCAAAUUUUACCCAUCUUUUUACACAAAAACUAAAUUUCUCCUCGUAUUUUAGGCUACUAAUAAAUGUCCCGUGGUGUUUUACGUCUAUGGAGGAUCGAACGUCUAUCUGAGUGCCACCAGAUUCAAUGAAACGGAUAUGGUUGAGAAGUUCGCGAGCCACGGAAUCAUCUUCGUCUUGCCCGCGUUUCGCCGCGGAAUUUUGGGAUUUCUGGAUCUCGGAAGGCCAUUCGAUGAUGCUCCCUAUAAUGUAGGAGUCUAUGGUGGGUUAUGCUAUCCUUUUUUGGCCCUAAAAAUGUACAGGGUGUUUCAAGAAAUUCCCCGGAAAGUAAUCGUCGAUUUCUCGGCGCUCAGUCAAGAUAUCCAAAAAAAUUCUUUUGCAUAAUAAAGAAGAAUAUGGGCGGUUUUUUGCCUAUGAAAAUCAUUUUCUCCGCCAACGCGGAAAGCAGUGUAUUCGGCGGAGACUUUUGGGCACUUUUUUGGUCAUCACACCCAUCUUAAACGCUUUUUUAUGGUUUCUGAUGGUUGAAAUGAGGAUUGUUUGCUGAUUUUUGCGUUUAUCAAGCGUUCACUGAAGGUACGGCAGCUGCUCGUCGUAUCUUAACUCAGCUAUGGACAAGAAAUAGCCCAACACAAUUCCUAUGGUUUGGCAAGCAUUCUCUGCAGGUGUCGUAAACCCUCAAAAAUCUUGUCGCCAAGCCUUGUGACAACGUUUAGCCAUCGAGAAACAACUUGGUUCACUGGAAAACAACAGAAUAUUUUUUUUUUAAUUUCUCUUUGCCAUGCUGUUUCGAAAAUCCGCACGGUGCGCUCCGACUUUAUCGACGUUGCAGCGACUGCAUUGCACCGUGCAGUUGCUUAAUUGGAUCGCAUAGCAUUGUAGCCGGCCAUUUUAUCCAUUGUGCAAAAAAUUUGAAGACUUUCUGGAUGCCUAAGUGUCGCAAUAAAGCAUUAAAAAUUCGUGUGAUAACCAAAAAAGCGUCCAAAGGUCUCCGCCGAAUACACUGCUUUCCGCGUUGGCGGAGAAAAUGAUUUUAAUAGGCAAAAAACCGCCCAUAUUCUUCUUUAUUAUGCGAAAGAUUUUUUUUGGAGAUCUUGACUGAGCGCCGAGAAAUCGACGAUUACUUUCCGGGGAAUUUCUUGAAACACCCCGUAUAAUAACAAAGGAAAUUUUGUAAAUUUUAAUUAAUUCGCCUAAUUCCAGACCUCCUAAUGGCCCUUCGAUUUGUCCAACGAGAAUUACCUGCAAUCGGAGCGGACACCAAGAGAAUUACGGGAUUUGGGCAUAUGAGCGGCGCGGGGAUCUUGAGUUUGUUGAUGGUGUCGCCGGCUGUGGAGGACAAGGCCUUUGAGCGGAUCGUUUUGUGCAGCCCAAUGCCAACUUUGGGACCUCAUUUUAAUCAAUUGCUCAGCGAACAGAGCUUGGAUCGCUCACAUGUGAGUUCAAAAUUACAUGGAAAUUCGAUAAUUAUCAUGAUGAAAAAUUUUUCCAAAAAAUAUGUCAUGAUGACAUAUUUUUUUGAAUUUUAAAUUUUGCUGAUUUUGGCAAGAAUUCAUGCAGAAUAAGUUAUAACCGGUUGUAAAACACCCUUUCAGUGUGCAAUCCGCCAUGGCAAAGUCAUGGAAAUCCGCGAUCGUCUGCAAUGCCUGAGGGAAUUACCUUUCCAAGAGUUGGUCCAAGCCUCGAUGGAGUCCAAUUUCCUCUACAAAAGAGUCCUCCCACAGUCUGACGACUUCAUUUUUCCCGCAAACACAACCUCAGCGUUGUUUAGAGAUUGGAAAGUGAGAAGAUUUAUAUUUUUUUAGGUCAUCGCUGUAUUAUACUUGAUAAAAAAGUGGGUUUUUAAAGAAUUUUUAAAGGUUUUACUAUGUAAUUACGCUAUUUCCAGCCAAUCCCAAUGAUUGUUACCGUGACCAAGAAUGAGAUGCCGCUGUCCGCGUUCUCGGACGGCUCCAUCCUCGAGGCAUGCGUAAUAUUCUGCCGGAUGCUCGGUUAUAUCAGAGAAGCGACGGUUGCUGAGUGCGUACGAGAGUACAAAGACACUACAGAACAUACGGAAGCCAUGGCCAAAGAUGCAUUCCAUUCCAUUGCGUAUAUGUAAGCAAAAAUCGAUUAUGAUGCCAUUUCAGUCAAAUACAACAUAAUUUUUGACGAAAUUCUUGCAGAAUUUUUAUUGUAAAUACUCUACACUGUUUUUUUAGAUCGUGUUUUACAUUUCAGGCUGGCCAUAAUGAACCAGAAAGUCGGCGGGCAAUCGUUUUUCUCCGUUUUCACCCAAGACGGAGCAAAUUUUCAUGCAGCGGACUUAAUGUACCUGUUGGGUCUUCAUCGCCGGUCUCUAAUGAGCAAUCAUACCAUCGAGAACGAAUAUGAGGACCAACUGAUGAAUGAUUUUUACCCUGCGAUCUUCAGGAACUUUAUUUUGGGCAGUGAUACACCUCUUGAUGGUAAGUUAUGAAUUUUACCGGGAAAUGAGUGGGUUAUCCUCAAUCGCAUAUCAAUCAUUUCUUUGGAAUGUGCCGUAUUUUACAAUUUCAGCCAAAAAAUCUGUACUUUUUCACAAAAUUUUGAUCAAUUUCGACGAUUUUUACUAUAAAUCCUCUCGCACCGUGCAUUUAUUUUCUCGUUUCGAAGGAAAAGAAAAGGAGAGAAAGCGGGCAAGUGUUUGAAUAGUCGAGAGGAAAGCGCGCUCGCCUCCCACUCGGAAGGUCGGGGGUUCGAGUGCGGGCGCUGUGAUGAACAAUUGUAGCCAAUUCUUUGCAUAAAGUUCUUGAUGACACAAAUGAUAGGUCGGAGCGCAACUUUUUAACUUAUUUUUUGCCAAAUUUGGCGCCUGGAGUUUUAGGCCGCACUUUGAAAAAGUCGUCAAGAUUUUUAGGACAAAAAUAAAAAAAACACUAUUUUUUAUUAUUUUUCCCAAUUUUAGGUUGGUCUCCAGUGAAUCACCAGGGUCGGAAUUAUCUCUCGACCGCUUUCCGGACCACUGGUGGCGAGAAUAACCUGACCAUCGUCCGCAGACCCCUUCUCCACCCUGGAGAGACCUUCAACGAGCAGGCCGUCGACUUUUGGUUGAAUAAAUUGGCCAGUGUUGAAGCCGAAGCCAAUAAUGGGGAGAAUCAGGUAAGAAAGUCUGAACAACAGUCUCGAAUUUUACAAUUACUUUUUAAUUUCGAACGCAAAAUUUGAAAAUUUUUGGAAAAAUUUUUGCCAAAACUGUAAGUAUCCGUACAGAACCAGGUGGUUUUUAUUCGAAAUUUGCCUUGAUGCCCCGGAUCGAGAGAGAAAUUUCGCAUAAAAAAGAAAAAAAGGCGCAAAAAUAUUGUAAUAGGCAAUUUUUGAUCAAAAAUGUCUUGUGUAAUAUUUAAUGAUCGAAUUUUUGAUGUCAAAAUGGUUCCUGGAUGAUCGUGAAGUCCUCCAAAAUACGAAUUGUGAUUAUUUUUUUCCAUCGAAAAUUUAUUUUGGCCUAGUUUUUCUCAAAGAUCAAAUUGAGCCUAUAACAUCAAAAAAAUCCCAAAUGUGAAGGUAAGAUACGUUAUCUCAAAUGUUGUACUCCAUCUUUAAAGUAAUUCACUCUUUUUAACGCCCAUUUUUGCAGCCAAGUCUUCCGAUUGGCCCUCAAAUCCCGGUAAUUCCGCUGCCCAAGGACAAGGAUCCCCAGUUUACAAUUUUGUUCUGGGUGAUCCUCGGGAUCGCCUGUGUGUUGGCGAUCGCAGUCGUCCUGCUCGUGCUGCCUUGCUUCUCUCAUCGCGACUAUGAAGAAUAA